UUGUUUUCAGCUGUUGCAAACAUUUUCAGCCACAGCGGUUACUCAUGGUUGGUAGAGGAGCAAGUUUCCAACCAUAAAGUCGUGCCAAUGUGGUGACCGUGCGAGUCAUUGGCUCAGACAUGGACAGCUUCCGAAAAAUCGACGAUGAGCCCUUUCCAAGUUUUCUGUCCAGCGCUUCCCUGGGCAGCAGCGGCCGGGCCACAUUGGGCAAUGUUACUUUAGGCUCUACACUUGGGGUUCCAGUGGCUGCUUCCACCGUGGCUAAAAUUAGAGCUACAGCAGACAACAGGGUAAAGGAUAUCCAGGCAUCGUACCUGGAGGAUGAGCAGUUCUCACUCACCUGUUCACAAGCCUCAAAUGGAGAGAGAGAGAAGUUUGCUCUCAGCUUUAAAGAUGACUUGGCCAAUGCAGAAGACUUCCUCACAGCCAAUCGUUUAUCAGACCUGCUGGUGAAGGUGAAUUUAGAUGAGACGGAGUCAAUGUUCCGAUCCAAAGUACCUACGGCGGAACCUCCUUUCCAGACAACCCCUGUUCCUCCACGGCCCUCUGGGUUCCCUGAUGACCUUUCAACAGGUUUGCUGACCUUGUCUCACAUUGCAGGGAAGGACAUGACAGCAGUGAAGAACGCGUCGCUCCCGGCAACGGUGGAAGAGGAGAGUCCAGCCAGUGAGGGGGCAGACAGCGACCGUUACAGUGACAGCGUCUCCAGUUUUUUGGCCAAUGAGAAGCUAAUGUCCCUGGACAGCAUGAACAGUGAAGCAACAGAUGAUGAUAUUGAUGUGGACCAUCUCCAUGACGAUGACUUGGAGCUUUACUUUAACAAACUGGUUCCUCCUGCCAUUCAGAGGGGGCGGGUAGAGGGCCAAGAGAUCCCAGAUGAGGAGCAGCCUGGCACACAAGCAAACUCAUCUCACCCAAGUUCCACUGAACCAGACAAAAACAGAUACAGCUUCCUGGACGACUAUGAUCAGGGGGACUUUCACAUGCCUGAUGUGCGGCUGGCCGCCACAGGUAUGGACUCCUGUCCUGCCAGUGAUGAGGAAGACACAGAGGAUGAGCUGGACACGGCCACACAGAACCACACAGGCAGGGCCCAGUUCCUGCUUCCCAGCACCUCCAGACAUCUGGUUGGAGAGAGCCAUCAGCCAAACUUCAGGCCUGGGCUGGAAGGAGGAAGCUCAGAGGAUGAGUCCCAGUCUAGGGCCAGAUACCCAUCAUCCACCACAGGCAUUGAGCAUCGCCGCUCUGCGGAAGGUCAAGUCAUCAACUCUCCCAUCACCGGUGAUGGAGGAGGGGGCGAUGGGAGCAGUGGGAGUGAAGAGGAUGGGAAUGAUGGAGGCGUGUCCACCCUCCCUCUCCCGCCCACGGGCGUGCCGACGACCUAUGACGUCCUGCGGGGCCUGGGGAUCGUUGGGGCCAGUGGGGAGGGGGCAGAUGAACUCCUGUCUCUGCCUGGGUUGAGCAGGGCUGGUGUGCCUGGACACAGUGAGAUGGGGGAUCGUGUUGGCCCAGUCGGAACCGGAGAGGCUGUCACCGCUGCCGCAGGUUCUGGUCCUGCCAAUCCCUCAUCAGUCAACUGGAGCAUGAGUCUGGACCGACAGGAGGCUUUGAAUGCCAUGGACAGCACGGAGUCCGCAGCCGGGUCUGCCGACGCCCUCUUGGACUCGGUGUACCUGAGAACCGGGUCUGGCCAGCAGGUCCCGCAAGACGUUUCCACCUCCGUCGCCCUUCUCCAGGGCACCCAGAGCAGUUUCCAUUUGUCCCACGUGCUGCAUGACCCCCACACUGACGAAGAGGAAGGUGACCGGGGGAGGACGAGGGACCUGGGGCUCCGCGGGGGGCCGUGCGGAGACUCCGCCGCCCCCCAGGAGCCCUCGGACAGUAACAGCGACGAGGAUCCUCAGGGCCCGUCUCUGGAACUGAAAUACCUCUCUAAGAGCUUUCACGAGGAAGAGGGGGAGCUCAAUGACGAAGGCUGGAAUCAUCGCCCGGAGAGUCUGGAGCUGGAGUUACAGCAGGGUGCAAAUGCCACACACAGUGUGGUCUACCAGGAUGAACAGGGGAAAUGGGUUACUGAUCUAGCCUACUACUCUUCCUUCGAGAGAGAAAUGGAGACAAAUGUACCCGAUGACGUUGCUAACCAGUUUCAGGCAGAGGACUUUGUGUCAGGCGACAAUGCCAUUGAGAAGAUCAUUGAAGACCAAGAGGAGUUUGAAAAGGAACAUCAGUUCAUCCAGGAAGAGCAGAUUGAAGCAGCUAACACAAGUGUCGGGCUUGGAGACACCUCUUGGAAGCUCCCAGCCAGUGGCCAUGUUCUGUUGAGGGCCUCCCAGAUCUCGUCCGGGUUUGAGAAGGGGAACCAGAGCUACCUGCGACUCUCGUUGGGGGAGUUCUUUGGACAGCGUUCGGAGGCCUUAGGUUGCCUAGGCAGCGCCGAUGAUCGCGUCAAACGGCCUUCCUUUGGUUACAUUAUCACAUCUCCGGAAAAGAGGGAACCUUUUCCCCUGAUCCGACCCUCUGAUUUCUCCUCCCGUGAAAGCUCCAUUCACAACGGAACAGUCCAGCAAACUGAUGCAGAUGAGACAAUGAGUCCAGAAGACUUGGACAGAACACUUGAGCCUGUUGUAAAUGGUGUUCCACCCAGUGAAGAGGCACAACCACAUGCACAUGAAAAGGAGAAUGCCAAGAAUCCCUCCGUCUGGUCCCCUGAAGACAAGGAGAGUUCAGGCCAAAGCACAGACUCGCCAAAUGGGAGUGGAAACCAGCUUCUCAGCAUCAGCACCAUAGCCUCUGCCAUAGCGGACGCCUCCAUCAGUUCUGACCCGGCCCAACUUGCCGCCAUGAUUAUGGAGCUCUCCAAGAAGCGCCGGGCCAAAGGUCACCAGAAUGCCGGAAAGCACCAGGUUCAGAACCCGCACCCAGACCAGGACCCGGUUACUGACCAGGCCAGCUUGCUGGAAGCUCUGCAGAAGACGAUCUCCCUGGGCGACCGGAGCGCCUUGGACAUGGAGAAAUACCUGAAGAGGACGGAGGUCUCCAGCAGCGAUAGUGAAGUGUCUGGGACGCAGUCCUGUUUUGACAUCAGCAGCUGGGUUGACAACCUGGCCAACUCUCACGGGCUGUCACAGGAACGCUCUUCGCUUGUGGAAAACAGGAGCGUUCCUUGUGCCGAAAGGCGUCCCGUCACGGAAACCCAGCCGACAACGGUGCAGAAUUCUGAGGCUUCUCCCGGCGAACCAACCAAGGUGAAGACCGAGGCGUCGGCUCAGAGGUCCGACGCAAAGAGAAGUGGCAUCCCUCGACCCAGGAGUAGCAGCAUACCGACUGCCUCAGCCCAACCGUCCAGGAGAUCUGUCGGUGCCGGACAGCCUUCCUCUGUCAAGCUCAAAACAGCCGAGAACGUGUCGGAGCCAGCGAAAACCAAAACCUCCGAACUUCGGGCGUCAGCCGCGGCAGCGAACAAGAGCGGCGCGGAAGCGAAGGUGAAACUGGGUGCGGUCCGCCCGCAGGUGUCGAAAGCAACGGCGGGAGCGAGACGUUCGCUGAAAGCCAACGAGUCGAUCUCGGCCCCGGCCGUUUCUCCGAAGAAUUCCUCCAGUUCUCCGCGCGCAGGGCGUUCAGAUCUCCCGAACCUGAGGGGCUCCCCGCACACGCCUAAACACAGGAGCGCGGGGGGAGGACGGGGCGACACAUCCAGCGCGGGAGACCGGAUUCGGUCAGCGAGGAGUCCUGGAGCUUCUCCAACCGCUGUGAAGGAGAAACAUAAAGGCCAGACGGGACAAGGUCCACCUCAAACCUCCCAGGGCAGAUUUGGCUCACCAGACCACAGCGCCCCUGCUGGUGUGGAAGACACUCGGUGCACUUUUAGGCCUUCCACCUCUCCACUCACUCACUCCAGCCCCAGCCAAUCAUCACUUCCAAGUGGUUAUGGAGAAGGAUCACCCUCCUCUAGUGGGGGUGUGGCAGACGGAAGCCCCCACGGAGAACCCCUCUCCCCCCAGUCUCACUGCUCCAGCCCAACUCUUAGCAGACUCACCUACCUCUCCAUGAAUGAGAGCUCUGUCGUUCCCACACCAGACCGUCACAAGAAAAAUACCUCUAUGGCAUUAAGCACCACUAUCAUCAGAGCAAGCCCGACCCCACCUGUGGAGCUGUGUGACCAGAAAGAAGGCGGACCUGGUCUCCAGCAGAACCCGAAUGACGUUCUGGGUUCUGCGACAAGUGCAGAACCUCCCCCCCGCUCCAAAACUCCCCAGCUGACGAAACAGAACUCGGAUGUUGUUGGCCCGCGAAGCCAAAGCGAGUGCAACUUCCACAAGGACUUUGCCAACGUGGAAUAUGGGCACGGCAAGCGCCACUCCGAGCCCGACCGUCGUCUUUAUCCUCCAGGAGAUUCCGGUUACUCCAGUAACCUGAACAUUCAGCAUCAGCAGCAGCCCAGCGGGGCUGUGGACCAGGCAGCCCAGCAGUGGCCCAACGUCUCAGCAGCUCCAAACGAGCACGUCCCUGGUUCCCGUUAUGGUCUUCCUCCUCCUUCUUACUCCGCAGAGGAACUACGAUACGGACCCGUCCCUAACAACUACAGUUCCCAGGGUGCUUUGCUCGACCUUGCUGGUGGUGUUCCCACCCUCCUGACAGGCCGUUCACUCUUUGGCUCUCAGUUGGCUCAGCAGUACCUGGGCCCGGAUGUGCCGCUGCACGCUGGGUCUUACCAUGUUGCAGCGCCAUCUGGUGGCCUCUUUGGUGUACCUGCAGCUGUACCUGGUACUAACCCUCCCAUUGGCCACCUUCAGGCACCAGGGCCUGGGAGCCUUACCGCUGGGUAUUUGAAUGGUGUGCCACUUCAGCACCCCCACCAGUACCCUAUCGGCAAACCAUACAACCAGCUCAACCUAGGAACAUGGACAGCCAGGGACCUUGUCGACAUACAAACUCAAGUGGUUGUUCCUGAAGAGCUGAAGUUCCCCAGUGCCUGUUGUGUCGGCAUAGCAUCUCAGACCUCACUCAGUAUCUUCAAUCCCUCUGAGCGCUGGCAGCAAGUGGCCAUCAACGUCACCAGCCUGUCCAUCGACGGAGAGAAGGUGGACACAGUGCCAUACCAGUGGCUGAUGGUUAAGAAUAAGACCAUCAUCGGGCCAAAGAGCACCGAGGAGCAGAAGGUUCUGUUCAUCGCUCCCAGAGCCGGGCUGUACCAGUGCACGCUCAGCGUUUCGUCCUGGCCCGCGUCGGCCGAACCCGAGUCCGUGGCGAGGGCGGAGGUCUUUGCCAAAAAGGUCGUUCUCAUCGCUGUGGCCGAGAGCCCGUCUGUGGAGGUCGACGUGGGCAAGUCUGGGUGUCUGAAUUUCGGAGACCUGGCAGGCGGUAGUGCCAAGGCCCUGCCCCUUAAACUGGUCAACAGGACCCGUGCCACCGUACCUAUCCGUCUGGUCAUCAGCUCGAACGCCUCGGCAUGGCAUUGCUUCAGCUUCUCAAAGAGUCCCGUUGCCAUGACAGCAGAAGGGUCACUCCUCACGGGUGGGGCAGUCACACCCGUCUCUGCUCCAUCAGUCAUUAACCACGUGCUCCAUGCCAGCUACGGAGAUAAACCAGACACUUUCAUGGUCUGGGUCCACUUCCACGCUCCCCAGAAGUACAUCUCCGCUUCAGGUGAGCUCGGCCCGGCAGACGAGUACAGUGCGCGUGUGGACAUUGAGGUGGACAGUCCUGGGCCCAGUCAUGUGAUCCGGAGCGUGGCCCUCAGGGCAAGGUCGGGGACAGCCAGAGUUCACGCACCCAAAGACCUGCAGACUGUGUGUCUUCAGGCUCCAUUUGGCCUAACAGUCCAGCAGACUCUGCCCCUCAAGAACGCAGGCAACAUUGACGUACAGCUCAGACUGAAGAGCACUGACAGUAAUGACUGCUUCUCUGUGAAACCUGAUGAACUGAGUCUACGUGCUGGAGAGGAGCAGGGUGUUGUGGUCUCCUUCACCGCUCAGGGGAGCAGGAAACACAGAGAGAGUCUUCUGACCAUCCUGGUGCUGCCCUCCGGCCCUCAGUACGAAGUGGUGCUGAAAGGGCAGGUCGUCCAGGAGAACUCUGGGAAGGUGGCGCCCACCCCCGCGAUUGUGUCGCACGCAGACGUGCCCCCCAUCCUCUCCAACAAACAGUUCAUGGCCUGGGGAGGGGUCACCCUGGGCAGGGCCGUGCAGCAGAAACUGGUCCUGAGGAAUAACUCUCCCACUGCAGCCCAGCAGCUCCGCCUACUGAUCCGGGGUCAGGACCAGGACUGUUUCCAGCUGCAGAGUUCGUUCGGUCCAGAGGAGAGGCUGACGCGACACAGAGAGCUGUCUAUCAGGCCUAAAGAGGAUGUGACCAUACACCUGCUGUUUGCGCCCACGCGGGUUGCCUGUAUGCUGGCUAAACUGGAAAUCAAACAGUCUGGCGUCAGGCCCUCUCAGCCUGGAGUCAAAUUUACUAUCCCUCUGUCGGGCUACGGAGGCACGGGUAACGUGAUUCUGGAGGAGCUGAAGAAGAGGUCGGACGGCUACGUGGCCACGCUGGGCGGGGUCGGGGCGGGCAGGGUCAGUAAGCUCUGCGUGUGCGUGAGGAACACGGGAUCCCGUGCCGCCUUCAUCAAAGCCGUGCCCUUCGCCGACCUUCAGAGCCGAACGGUCAUGGACCCCGGCGUCAUCAGCCUGUCGCCCCCGCAGUUCGUACUGAAGGAGCGGACGCAGGAGGUGAUCACUGUCGUGCUGAGGGCCACUCGCAGGGAGCAGGCUCUCUGUCAGUCUAGCGCCGCCCUGCUGGCCACCGUGUGUCUCUUCUGUGGAGAUGAAGUGUCUCGUCAGCAGUUCAGAAGGUUAUUGCGCUGCAAACCUGACGCUGGAAGGAAAGUGCUGUCAGAGAAUAGUUUACUGAAAAACGUCCAGUUCGAUGAACCUUUCCUAGGAGAGGAGGAGGUCCUGGAAGCCUUCGACCUGCCGCAGAGGCCGAACGAGGCCCAGAUCUUUUACGGCAACAUGAACAAGGUGGUGUUGUCCCUGCUGGGUACCAUGGAAACGUCCGACUCGAGCGAGAGCGACCACGUCGAUUCCCUCCGGCCCUCCCCGUGCCACGCCCCACAGUCAGACAGUUUUCCGCUCGGCGUCCUGGAGAACGUGGAACGUCACGUCAGUAACGUGUCCCUGGACGUUCUCCCGGUGAAGGGGCCUCCACUCGGCUCCUCCGAGCCUUUCCCAAAACGUCCAGAACCCCAGGACACCUGGAAUAUCCAGCCAGAGCAGAUAGUGCUGACCGCUCCCACCAUCAAUGGCGUGACCGACACCAAGCAUGUCAGGAUCCUGAACCGGUCCAAUCGGGAGCUGAGUUUUGAGCUCUCCUGGCCCGCCCACUGCCUUACCAUCACUCCUCAGCACGGCGUGAUUGACCCUGAGAGCCACCUGCAGAUUCUCAUCAGCCCAAAUCCAUCCCUAGCCACUAAGUCCUCCCUGUUACCCUGGAGCGGACAGAUCUAUGUGCAGUGUGACAACCAGCAGAAGUUUGUCAAAGUUCAGAUCCGUCAGGACUUGGCCAUGGACGUGUCCGCCACAGGUCCGUCUGUGGAGAAAUCCUUAUGUCCCCUACCGCCACAGGCUGAGACUCCAACAGUACCGGGGCUCAAAUCUCAGAGCGUCCUCACCAAACCGCACGUGGAGGUCAAGAACCGCACCAUCCUGUUCCCCACCACGCCCUCAGGAGAGACCUCAGAAUGUUCUCUGGAAGUGGAGAACGGUGGGGAGGAGGUCAGGUGGUAUCUCUCCUCUUUUGCUCCUCCAUAUGUCAAGGGUGUAGACAGCAGCGGGGAUGUGUAUCGUGCGACUUACACAGCCUUCCGCUGUGAACGGAUUUCGGGCGCUCUCGGUAGCCAUGAGAAGAUGCAGGUGCCGAUCACCUUCCUCCCGCGGGACCGUGGAGACUACGCUCAGUUCUGGGAUCUAGAGUGCCACCCGGUGGCCAAACCGCAGCAGAAGAGCCGAGUCCGCUUUCAGCUCUGCGGAACCGGUGUGAGGGCGGGAACAGCGUCCGCUCUUAAAGAGGGAGACUGCUCGCUGGUCCGAACAGAAGCCUCGGUCAAGACCAGAAAGAGAGUGGACUCCUCAGGAGCCAAGACCGGGUCAGAGGAGGGCGUCAGGAGGGGCGUGUAUGCACCUCAGAACCUGUACACGUUCCCGGCCACCCGUGUGGGCCAGGCCAGCUCACUGAAGGUCAACUUUCGCAACAACUCCUUCGACACGCACGAGCUACACUUCAUUAGUCCUAGACCACCUUUCUGCAUCAAGCAUUCCAAAUAUUCUCUAAGAUCCCAGCACUACAUCAACCUGCCCGUUCAGUUCAAACCGUCCGUCGUGGGUCAGCACACUGGCCUUCUGCUUGUUCAGACAGAUACGGACACCAAACUAACCAUCCAGCUCACCGCUGAAGCCUUACCAUGA